GGAGGCAGUGCGGCAAGCGGGGCGAUCUGCAGCAAUGCCUGUAGGACCCCAGGGCUGCCCGGCGCGGUGGCCGCAGGACCCCAGUGGCUACCCAUGCCGAGGUGAGUCCGCAAGAGUCGCUGCUGUCGCUGUCCCUGUUCCCGUCCCAUCCCGGUCCCAUUCCUGCCGCCGCCCCGUGCGGCUCCCCCGCCGGCCAGGAUGUUGGAGGAAGCGGGCGAGGUGCUGGAGAACAUGCUGAAAGCGUCGUGUCUGCCACUCGGCUUCAUCGUCUUCCUGCCUGCGGUGUUGCUGCUGGUGGCGCCGCCGCUGCCCGCUGCCGAUGCGGCGCACGAGUUCACGGUCUACCGCAUGCAGCAGUACGACCUGCAGGGGCAGCCCUACGGCACACGGAACGCAGUGCUUAACACGGAGGCACGCACCAUUGACGCGGACGUGCUGAGCCGCCGUUGCGUGCUCAUGCGGCUGCUGGACUUCUCCUACGAGCAGUACCAGAAGGCCCUGCGGCAGUCGGCCGGUGCCGUAGUCAUCAUCCUGCCACGGGCCAUGGCCGCCGUGCCCCAGGACGUCAUCCGGCAAUUCAUGGAGAUUGAGCCCGAGAUGCUGGCCAUGGAGACCAUCGUUCCUGUGUACUUUGCUGUGGAAGACGAGGCCCUGCUCUCCAUCUACGAGCAGACUCAGGCUGCCUCCACCUCCCAGGGCUCUGCCUCUGCCGCCGAAGUGCUGCUCCACACUGCCACUGCCAAUGGCUUCCAGAUGGUCACCAGCGGGGUCCAGAGCAAGGCCGUGAGUGACUGGCUCAUCACCAGUGUGGAGGGGCGGCUGACGGGCCUGGGUGGAGAGGACCUGCCCACCAUCGUCAUUGUGGCGCACUAUGAUGCCUUCGGAGUGGCCCCUUGGCUGUCGCAUGGCGCAGACUCCAACGGGAGUGGCAUCUCCGUGCUGCUGGAGCUUGCCCGCCUCUUCUCCAGGCUGUACACCUACAAGCGCACCCAUGCGGCGUAUAAUCUCCUGUUCUUCGCCUCUGGAGGGGGCAAAUUUAAUUAUCAGGGGACAAAGCGCUGGUUAGAAGACAACCUGGACCACACAGAUUCCAGCCUGCUCCAGGACAACGUGGCUUUCGUCCUCUGCCUGGACACCCUGGGCCGGGGGAACAGCCUCCACCUGCAUGUGUCCAAGCCGCCCAGGGAGGGGACACUGCAGCACGCCUUCCUGCGGGAACUGGAGAUGGUGGCCACUCACCAGUUCCCGGAGGUGCGCUUCUCCAUGGUGCACAAGAAGAUCAACCUGGCGGAGGACAUCCUGGCCUGGGAGCACGAGCGCUUCGCCAUCCGCCGGCUGCCUGCCUUCACCCUGUCGCACCUGGAGAGCCACCGGGACGGCCAGCGCAGCAGCAUCAUGGACGUGCGGUCCCGGGUUGACUCGAAAACCCUGACCCGCAACACGAGGCUCAUCGCGGAGGCCCUGACGAGAGUCAUCUACAACCUGACAGAGAAGGGGACCCCCCCGGACAUGCCCGUCUUCGCAGAGCAGAUGCAGAUCCAGCAGGAGCAGCUGGACUCCGUGAUGGACUGGCUCACCAACCAGCCCCGGGCCGCCCAGUUGGUGGACAAGGACGGCACGUUCCUCAGCACACUGGAGCACUACCUGAGCCGCUACCUGAAGGAGGUGAAGCAGCACCACAUCAAAGCUGACAAACGGGACCCCGAGUUUGUCUUCUACGAUCAGCUGAAGCAGGUGAUGAAUGCUUACAGGGUCAAACCAGCCAUUUUUGACCUCCUCCUGGCAGUCUGCAUUGGCGCCUACCUCGGCAUGGCCUACACGGCAGUCCAGCACUUUGACCUCCUGUACAAAACAGUUCAGAGACUGCUCCUGAAGGCCAAGACACAGUGACAAGCACCGCGGGCCCCCUGCCGCCAUCCUCACCACCCUCGGUCUGCAGGGGCUUGCCAAGACCCCAAAUUACAGAGCUUUUCUGUGUUGCUCUUGAAGAUUUGGGGGAUUCUUUCUCAUUUUUGUCCUUCGAACUCCUUGGAGGAGCAUUCACUGGAACUCUGGGGCCAAGCCACGGACUUGGGAACAAGUCGUGGCCGAGCCUGUGGCCCAGGAGGUGGCCCCACAGCCCACAGGGCGCUAAGCUACGCUGCAGCAGGAAAGUUGUCCGGCACAGCCUCGGGGCCGCUCCUGCGCGGGAUGCUGGCCACAGCCAGCACUGGCCCUGCAUCUGUCCUCCACGCUGUCUCCAUCCCCCCGGUGACCUGGACACUCUCCUCAUGCCUGUCUGAAGAGGGCGGCACCAGCCUCUGGGUCCCCAGGUUGUGGCUCCUCCCUGGGCCAGGGCUGAGGGACAUGCCUCCCCUGAACCACACUGGUGCCCCAAAGACCCAGCGACGUGGCGCUGCCCCCACUCUGGCGCCGCCCUGUCCGGCCCUGCACCCAUCCCCUCACUGGAGCUUCCAGCCUCUGCUCCCUCUCACUGUGCCCUGGGGAGAGUGGCAUCUCCCCGGGCUGGCUUCUCUGUUGGAGCCUGGGCUCCCAAGCCCUGGCUCUCAAGGGGGACACGGGUGUCUGGGGAGGCCCCAGGGCCAGAGGCAGCCCUGGAGGAGAGGCCCCGGGCUGGAGACCCACUGGUUCUUCUGCUAACUCACUCUUUAGCACAUCCCCAAGGAAGGUGUGUCCUGAGGAAGCAACACCCACGUGGGGGUGGCGCACCAGACAGUGCUGGCUGGAGACGAUGCGACUGUGGGACCCAGAGGGGAAGGCGUGGGCUUCGUGGGAGCUUGUGCCCGAGCCCUCACUCCACAAACCAGGUGCCUCAUGGGGCGGGAGCUGCUCUCGUGGUGGGGAGGAGGCCUCAGCACCAGGUGGACCUCAGGGAGGUGCAGGUGUACCGAUUCAUGAGCAAUAUAAUCAAUCAAGCGUUACGUGCUAUAGGGAGGGUCAGGGCUGGGGAGAGGGGGCUCUGGGCACUCCAGGGAGGCCUGAAGUGGCCUAAAGGGGCUGGAGGCCUGGCCCUCCCACCCCUCCCCUGGCCUGCCGCUGCCCCUUCCCCACAGCCCGCCAGCAGGAGGGCCUGGGCUCCGCUGGGGACUUUUGUCUCUGCCCCUGACUCCGGCCCCCACCUUGGCCAGCCAGCCCUCCCCUCCCUGAGCAUGAGCAGCCUUCCAGGCUCCGGGUGUUGGCUGAGCCUGGCCCAUGGGAAGGCCAGCAUGGGGGCCACAGGUUCUGCCUUGUCCAACCCCGUCUGGUGGGCCAACUUCCCCAGAGACUGGUGGCUGGAUGCCCAGCCACCUCUGGGGGCUCAUCCUUCCCCUUGUGACAGCGAUGGGUGCACCAUCUGGGGUUGCCUGACGGGGGUCCUCCUGCAGGGCAGCUGACUGUUCAGAGCUCAGGCCGGUUGUGGGAUGCAGUCCGACGGUCAGAAAAUAAAGCCAUAUCGAACAAU